CGCAUUUAGUUCAUGGACUUUUAUUUUGAAAUUAAAAACAGGAAAUUCUGAAAGUUUGACAGGAUUUCACUUCCGCAAUUUUCAUGUUUUGUUACGUCAUGAUGACCAACAUUGCUUGUAGACGGACUGAGCGUUAUUGUACCUUUUUUGGUCGUUAUUAAGCGCUUUUAAAAAUAUUUGCAGCUGUUAAGUUGUAGUAAUAAUGCGUAAGAUAUAAUGCAUGACAUGUUUCAUGUUUACCGUGUAUUGAUCUUUAAAACGGCGCUGGUUUGUUAGGCACGAGGUGCUCCCAGCGGAAUUCAGAGAAUCUAGUUACUUCGAAAGUUUCAACAAAUACAUAUAAGAAUAAUGGCAUCACCACAGAUGAAGGAGCGCCUGUCAGGUGUUGUGUUAAACACUGUAUCAAAAGGAGCAUCUCCAGAAUCAAAAUGCCCAAUAUGCCUGGAUCAUUUCAAAAACAUAUCAUAUCUGGAUGUGUGCUUACAUAAGUUUUGCUUCUGUUGCAUCUGUGAGUGGUUGAAGAACAAAGCAGAAUGCCCUUUGUGCAAACAGCCAUUUAAUUCAAUUUAUCACACUAUUAAGUCUGAAGAUAACUACAAGAGGUUGGACCUGCGACCAACUGAAAAUGGCUCAUUUGGCAACAUGGCAGGGCAAAGAUUCCGGUAUCGCACCACGCUUACAGGCAACCACAGACCAGCACAGAGGAGAACGUCUCCUCCUCCUGACCAUGGGGUCAUAUUUGAGAGCCUGAGGGGAUCUCUUCAACAGCGGCACAACCGAGAUCUCCACAGCAUGUUAAGGAGCUUGGCAGUAAGACAAAGAAGAGACAGAGAUGGAAGAACUGUGCAAAGUCUUCACGAACAAGAAAUGGUUAAAUUCAGAAGAGCCUUGUACAGAAGAGGUGUGCGAGUCCAGAGCAUUCAGGAUGGCGGUCGUAGCAGGCAGACUUCUGCAGAGUUCUUCAGAAGAAAUCCAGCUUGUCUCCACAGGCUUGUGCCUUGGUUGAGACGAGAGCUGACUGUUCUGUAUGGCACUCAUGGUUCCCUUGUCAACAUAGUGCAGCACAUCAUCAUGACUUUGAUCACUCGACAUAACUUGGACGACCAGGCUGUUGUACACGAACUUCGACCCUUCUUGCUAUCCCACACAGAGCACUUCCUACAUGAGUUUCUUAGUUUUGCUCAGUCCCCAUUCAACAUGGAGGCAUAUGACCAGCGUGCAGUUUAUGACUUGCCUCGGCCCUCUGGAGAAGGUAGCAGUUCGGAAGCCUCUGUGAUCGCCAUCUCUGAGGAUGAAAGUGAUUCUUUAGUAUCUGGAUCCCAGGAUUAUGCCACUCCUAGUCUGACCUUGAGUCAAACAGCAUGGGAUGAUGAGACCCCAGGGCCAUCCUACUCCUCAGAGCCAUCUCAAGUAUUACCUUUCCCUGUGAGGGACUCGGAUUCUGAUAGUAGUGUAGGGGAAGCAGUAGUGUCUGUUGAUGUUGUGCCACAUCAAGACCAUCCAGCAAAUACUGGCACUAUUGCAUUGGAAGAGGAGCAUUCUGCUGGCAGUGAUGAUGACUGUUUUAUUAUCGGCUAUGUGAAGCCAGCAUCAGAAAGGACUCCAGAACUGGUCCAGCUUUCAUCUGAUUCAGAGCAUUCUGAGCUGAAUACAGAGCAACAAAGCCCUCAGGUCCCCCUGCACAUUCGAUUUAAUUCAGAGUCUGAUUUGUCUCCCAGUGACACCUCUAGUCACGCAAGAAAAGAAGAUAAAUAUGGCAAAGGGCAUUAUGAAAAGGGGUUGUCUGGAUCUAGAGAAGGAUCCUCGCACAGCAACAGGACACACUCCUCCUCUCGUAGCAAGAAACAGCCUUUGUCUAAAGAGAGCAAGCAUCAGUGGAGACGAGAAAAAGAGACAAGUCACCACACCUCAUCUUAUUGCCAUUCAUAUAGCCAUUACAGUCAAAGAGAUAGCACAAGGAGAUGUUAUACACGCUCAUCCUACACCAGCUACAGAAGUGUACAUGAUCGCUCUUGUUCUAAAUCGCAUAGUAGAAGGCAGAGCAGGGACUGCCAGGACAGAAGAAGUUGCUCAAGGAGCAGAUCUGGAAUCAAGUCUAGCUCCUCCAACCGUCAGCACAGGAGUCGCUCAAGGAGCAGAUCUAGAAUAAAGUCUAGCUCCACCAACCAUCAGCACAGGAGUCGCUCAAGGAGCAGAUCUAGAAUAAAGUCUAGCUCCACCAACCGUCAGCACAGGAGUCGCUCAAGGAACAGAUCUAGAAUAAAGUCUAGCUCCACCAACCGUCAGCACAGGAGUCGCUCAAGGAGCAGAUCUAGAAUAAAGUCUAGCUCCACCAACCGUCAGCACAGGAGUCGCUCAAGGAACAGAUCUAGAAUAAAGUCUAGCUCCACCAACCGUCAGCACAGGAGUCGCUCAAGGAGCAGAUCUAGAAUAAAGUCUAGCUCCACCAACCGUCAGCACAGGAGUCGCUCAAGGAGCAGAUCUAGAAUAAAGUCUAGCUCCACCAACCGUCAGCACAGGAGUCGCUCAAGGAGCAGAUCUAGAAUCAAAUCUAGCUCUUCACAUCAGACAUCACGACAUGAUGAGCAUGGCAGGAAAAAGAAAUACAAAACAAAGCAUCACGAGGAACCCUCUAGCAAAUCAUGUACUGAUUCUGUUAAAGAUAAUGCAAAAAAGAAAUACAAGGGGCAUCACAAAAAGUUCAAGAGGAAAAGCAGAAGUCCAAGCAGAGAUGACAAAUCUGAGGGUCACAGUCGAAAACAUCGCAAGAAGAAGAAGAAACACAAGCGGAAGAGCAGGAGACAUAAUGGUGAGGAGAGGGUGGGAAAAAACAGCCCUGUUCUCAUUACAAUUACUAGUGACAGUGACAGUGCUGACCCCAGUGAACCCUCAACCAGUAAUAUCUGUGCAGCUGGUUCCAUAGUCCCAAUAGCAAACAGUGCUACAGAAACUCAGCCGUUUAUGUCCAGAUUCCUAGACAUGGAGCAAGUGUCAACUGCUAGAACUGGAUGUAGUUCUGUGGGUGAUGCAGGGAAUCAGACCCAGUCAGAUUAAUGGCAAUGUCUUUGUGAGAUGGUAUGUUCAGUGUAAUUGAACUUUUCAAUUUGUGGCAAAUAAUGAUUGACAAAGGACUAUUGUUGUAAUGCCAACAUGUAUUUUCAGUGUUUUAAAAAUACAAAAAGGAUGGGUUUGAAAUGUAAAUUUGAUUUGGGGUUUCUUUUUUUUCUUUUUUUUUUUUUUUUCUUUUUUUUAAAGAAACAUUAGCAUUUGUGAUUUAUUUAAAAAUGUAUUUCAUUUCAAACUCUCCUAUACAAGCAAAAUUAACAGUCAUCAAUUUUCAAAGUUUAGUGUUCCUUUUUUAUUUGGCUAUGUCAAAUAAAUUGAAACGGAUCAUAAAA